UUUACUGGAUGUGACAAGCAGAGAGAAGAGCUUUCAGCGGGGCCGCUUGCUGCCUGGCUCAAGUGGUGGGAGAGCUCCUUAACCCACAGCCUCUCUCAUCAUCCAGUUGGUAAAGACCUGCAGGCCAUGAGGACUGGUCAACGACAGUGAGAGGACGUGAAAGGGUAAAUCCCCGACCCCCGCAGUCUUAUUUGCUGCCCCGACGUCCCAGCAAACCAGCCCAAGGGUUAACCGUAAGCGGAUGCCUGUAUGGCUGCCUUACUGAUGCCACGCAGGAACAAAGGCAUGAGGACUCGACUGGGCUGCCUGUCUCACAAGUCAGACUCAUGUAGUGAUUUCACAGCUAUUCUUCCCGACAAACCCAACCGUGCUCUCAAGAGGUUAUCCACAGAAGAAGCUACAAGGUGGGCAGAUUCCUUUGACGUGCUUCUUUCUCAUAAAUAUGGGGUGGCCGCCUUCCGCGCCUUCCUGAAGACUGAGUUCAGCGAGGAGAACCUGGAGUUCUGGCUGGCCUGUGAGGAGUUCAAGAAGACCAGGUCAACCGCCAAGCUGGUCUCCAAGGCCCACAGGAUCUUUGAGGAGUUUGUGGAUGUGCAGGCUCCACGGGAGGUAAACAUCGACUUCCAGACCCGAGAAGCCACAAGGAAGAACAUGCAAGAGCCGUCCCUGACUUGCUUUGACCAGGCCCAGGGAAAAGUACACAGCCUCAUGGAGAAAGACUCUUACCCUAGGUUCCUGAGGUCCAAAAUGUACUUAGAUCUGCUGUCCCAAAGCCAGAGGAGGCUCAGUUAGACCUCAGAUGGGGACUCUUGGAAAUCACUGGCCUUCCCCUCCCCUCGAUGCCAAGACCAUAAUCUAAUGUGAAUUGUCAUGGAUGUUCAAAGGCAGUGGCAUUUGGGGUGGGAGGCUGGGGGUGACGAGGGAACGAAGGGCCAUUCCAAAGUGUGACCCAGCUGCCAGAGCUUGGACUCUUCCAUUUACCCACGUUUGUGUUUGGUUAGUGGUAGCACCCUGCCGCUGUCACCCUUCUCUG